AUGUCUAAACGUCCAAGUCUUUUGGCAAAUUUCUCUGACAAGUUCACGUUCGGUGUAGAGUUUGAGUUUGGCAUUCGCCUCCCAAAACGACCAUUUACAAAACAGAAAGAGAUCUGGGCGCUUGCAGCAUUGUUCAACGCAUGGGUUGUCGACACGGAUGCCACUUUAUAUUUCUUCGAUGAGCGGAAGGCAAAUAAGGUCUAUUAUUGCCCGAUUGAAAUCCAGUCACCAGUCUUGAAAUUUGGCCUCGAAGCAUUCAAGGAAGUGGACAGGAUGCUAACCGCUAUCCACAAACAUUUUGAUGUUGUUGUCAACAGAUCAUGUGGUUUUCACGUUCAUGUUGGUAAAGGAAAAGCAGGACUGAACUUUACGCCGCUUCAACAUCUCAUGGCAACUCUUUGGAUUUUUGAAUCCCAAAUCUCAGAACUUGUUCACAAGUCACGAGUUGGAAUGAAAGGUGGCUUCUGUCCAUCACUUCAUUUACGCUCCAAUCUUGGUGUACUUAAACAUGAAGGAGAAUUACUAGAUGUACUGCUCAGCAUAACUGACUUAAAUGAAGUCGUCGAAAUGUUCAGUGGACAUUUGUAUUUCAACUUUUUGUCAUAUCGUAUUGAAGGACUCCGUAAACCGUACCUUAAUACAGUCAAAAGAACCAUCGAAUUUCGACAACAUGAAGGAACCAUGGAUUCAGAAACCGUCUUGAAUUGGGUAAGUUUUGUUGUUGAGUUGGUGGCCUGGGCUCACAAGAUUCACCGUCAAGAUUUGAAGAUAUUUCUCUUAAAAAACACCACUUCCACAGAGUGGUAUUCUGUGGAAGAUCUCUUCAAGGAAAUUGGUUUUCCACAAUCAGCUGUUGAAUUUUACCGAGGAAAAGUCGAAAGACUACGAGAACUUGAGCAGAAGGAAGAUGAGGAGAGAGCUAAAAAUAAAGAAGCCUUGGACACUGGGAAAUCAAGCAGUAGCGAGUCAGACACUGCUUCAUCCGUGCUAAGUUAA